UUAGCAAAUAUUUCGGUCAUACACUAAGCGACUAUGUGAAUGUUGACAUUCACCGGUGAAAGUCGACAUUCUCCAGAUUUCGGUGUUUCACUGUAACAUAUACAUAUGUAUUCUCCGUUCAUUCUUCUUGCCAAUUCACGCAACAAAAUUUCGAUAAAUAAUAUAGUUUCCGUGGAACAUAUUUUCUUUACUGAAUUUCGAUAGAACAUUUUGAUGCAACGCCCGAAGUCACUGAACCUAUCUUACCAUUUUCGUGUUAGCGACAAACGCUAUCUUCUCAAAAUUAAAUAAAAUUGCAGCACUUUUACCAAUACGAAUUAAAACUAAGUACGUGAAGAAUUACUUCCUCGAAAACCAUUGAAAUCUGGAUAGAUUUAAAUCUGACUUACGCACGGAAACGUAAUCAAUAAAUUCUAUUGAAACCUGUUACCGAUGCACUGACUAAGUUGCCUCGUCGCGACUCUUUGCUUUUCCAUCUGUCGAAGAAAAUAAAAUUCAACGGGGGUCGUAAAACGCGUAUUUGAAAUAUGCAGACGGUCGAAUGCAAGAAUGAUGACAAUAUCUCGUAAGUUUCAGGUAUCGAUUCCCCCGUUUUCAUUAAAAAUUUCUAUUUUUGCAUUUUAUAUACAUCGCGGAAUUUAUCGUUCAAUUUUUUCUAUAUAUUUUUCACACUAAGUGCAACCGUGCAUAAUGUUUCGAUGGAAAACAUCGUACGAUAUGCAAAGUAGCAAUACGAAUGGUAAGAGCCACAUAGUUGCUCUUAUAAAAUAUAAAUAAGUCGCGUCGUCGCGUUCUCUGUUAUCAUGGUAAUAAUAUAGCGCGUAACAGGAAGCAAUUCGAAGAAAUUCAUUUCUUGGAGGGUAAACAAGAGAUACCUGUCGACAUUCCACAGUCUUCAGUGAACCCUAAACCUUCGACCAACAAACAAGCAGAAUAGCAUCCCUAGAGUAAGCUUGUCAAGAUCUAUGUCGAAUUUCGUGUUAAAGUAAUAAAAUUUCAAUUUAAACUAAACUAAACGCAAUUUCUGUGCAACUCUCUGUUGGGUAGUAUGUAAAAAACAAGAUAAAUUAUCUGCAGUAAAUAAUGCAUUUAUUACGGUGGAUAUUUAAGGUGAACACCUUUGCCGGCUGCUCGCAAACAUCUUCGUGGACGUCUCCGAUUAAAAAGUUUCUCUACACUGUUUAUACGUUCGUUCUGUUCGUCCUGUUACACAGCUUCUGUUUAACUCAAAUUUUGGACAUAGUAUAUAACGUCAAUAGUCAGGACGAGUUCAGCGAGAAUAUUUAUUGGACAGUGGGGGUCGCUCUUACUUGUUUCAAAAUGUGGAGCCUGUUACAUAAUCGUGACAAUUAUGCAAUUUUGAUCGACGAACUGGAAAGGAAGCCUUUGUUGCCAGCGAACACCGAAGAAAUCGAAAUUCGAACGAAAUUCGACAAGGUGGCGGAACGGAACGCAAUUGCUUACAUGACGGUAGUUGCAUUAAGUAUAGGAUGGAUGAUUUUAUCGUCGUUCUUAAAGAAAUUCCGAAAUCGAAAAUUAACGUACCGCGCCUGGUUACCGUACAACUAUUCUUCUUCCUCUAUUUUUCUUAUCACCUAUGCUUAUCAGACUGCGGGAAUCACACUCGCCAUGCUUUUGAACAUUGGUUGCGACACUCUACUCGGCGGCCUGUUAAUUCACACGUACGGCCAAUUCGAAAUACUACGGCAUCGUUUGAAUCAUAUUGCAAAGAAUGAGAAAGAUUCGGCGAAACAAUGUGCUCAUCUUCAUAACGAUAUAUACAAGUUGGUCAUCCAUUUUUUCUACAAGCUUACUUCAUUUAAUAAUUACACAGAAACAAAACCUUCUUUUUUUUAUCAAAAAUAAAAUAUCGGUAGAUAAAACAAAAGUAAUUGUAAGAAUUUUUAAAUUUGUUUUCACACGAAGAAUUAAUUAACCCGGAAAAAUCUUCCACAUUUUAAUAGAUACCCAAUGUACGCAUGAGAAAUUGCUAUAAAAAUUAGAAAAUAUUUCAUUCAAAUAGAAUAUAAUUGGUAAUAACGAAAAAAUGUGAGCUGAUUUAAAAGAUAAAUUAAAAAGAAGCUUAAUUAUUUUAAACCUAACACUUAUCACGAUCG